GUUUGCUAUCUGCAUGUACGUGCAUGAUCCUCAUCUGUAUCCUCGCGUGCUCCGCCUCUCCGUGAGCAAAUUUGUUUUUAAACGAAGGCUGUUAUAAAUCACAGAGGUGUUACAAACACGUGACAUCCACAAACACACAAUGACAGAUACUGCAAUAAUCGUCGACGUAACAUGAAUUUUCCGCUUUCCUCAGACGACAAAUGCGGCGCGCGCGCCACCUCUCAGGUUACCUACUGUACUGCGGUCAGCUGGGCGGUACUUAAACUACACGAGCUACAAAGUCACUCACCAGGGAACAAAGUUCGAAAUGAGCAAAAAAAACCUAGUAGAGAUCCAGUAAUCAGUAAUGGAUCCAGUUAAAGGAGACGAAUGCAUGAGCGAGCACGCGGCGAAUCUUCUGGGCUCCGGACAGCAGUCCAACCGGACACAUCAAAGCUCCAAAAGAAUGUCAAGAUACGUGAAAAUCCUCGUUGGGAUCCUUCUGCUCUGCCUGCUGGCUUUAAUUCUCACAAUCAUAUUUAUACUGAAACUUCACUGCGUUGAGAAAGUUAGCAGCUGUAAAGAUCGCUGUGUGUCCAAAAGUCGUGAUGCUAAAGCGGCGUGCUACUGCGACGCCGCAUGUGUGAGUGAAGGCACCUGCUGUGUGGAUUAUGAGGAAGUUUGUGUGGAGCCAACUCAACUCUGGACUUGUUCUAAAUUUCGUUGUGGUGAGGAGCGUCUGCCGAACAGCCUCUGCUCUUGCUCAGCUGACUGUGUGAACACGGGCGACUGCUGUUCCAACUACAAGAGCACGUGUGAAGGUGAAGAGACGUGGCUCGAUGAAGACUGUGAGGACAUCCGAGCUCCUCAAUGUCCCGCAGGAUUUUCCAAACCACCGCUUAUCCUGGUGUCUUUGGAUGGAUUCAGGGCGGGAUACAUGGACUCUUACAGCGGCUUACUACCUGUCAUCAACAAACUCAAGAAAUGUGGGACGUCUCCACCUUAUAUGCGACCUGCUUAUCCAACCAAGACCUUCCCAAACCAUUACACCAUUGUGACAGGUCUUUAUCCAGAAUCUCAUGGAAUUGUGGACAAUAAAAUGUAUGAUGUGACUCGCAAUGCCUCCUUCAGUUUGAGAGCGGACGAGAAAUUCAAUCCCUCAUGGUAUCAAGGUGAACCAAUUUGGCUCACAGCCAUGAAACAUAAGCUUAAAACCGCGACCUUCUUCUGGCCUGGAUCUGAUGUGCAAGUCAAUGGAAAAUACCCAGAUUUCUGGAUGAAGUAUGACAGGAGAAUUUCAUUCGAAAGCAGGGUGGCAAAGAUAUUUAAUUGGUUGCAUUUGCCUGAAGGACAGAGGCCGGACUUUUACACAGUAUACAUGGAAGAACCUGAUUCUUCUGGACAUAAGUUUGGACCAAUGAGUAGCGAGGUUAUUGAAGCUUUAUUGAAUGUUGAUAAAAUGAUUGGUCUGUUGAUGGAGGGUCUCAAACAGAGACAGCUGCACAGAUGUGUCAAUGUGAUUCUACUGUCUGAUCACGGCAUGGAGGAAGCGUCGUGUGAUAAAGCCGAGUACGUCUCCAAAUAUCUCACAAACAUUGAUGACAUCACCGUUAUCCAGGGCCCUGCGGCCCGGGUCCGUCCGAGACGUCUGCCUGAUGAAUUCUUCUCCUUCGAUUAUGAAGGUCUGGUGAAAAACCUCUCGUGUCAAAUAUCGAAUCAGCCAAUGAGACCGUAUCUGAAGGAGCACCUGCCCAAGCGCUUUCAUUUUGCCAAACACGUUCGUAUAGAGCGAGCUCAUCUGUACAUGCAGCCGCAGUGGCAGGCAGCGCUGAAACGCAGUGAAAUUAAAUACUGCACUGGGGGCUUCCAUGGAUCUGAUAAUGUUUUCAAGAACAUGCAGACUAUUUUCAUUGGAUAUGGACCGGCAAUGAACUAUAAGACAACUGUGGCUCCCUUUGAGAACAUUGAAGUUUAUAAUCUCCUAUGUGAUUUAUUAGGCAUUCCUCCCGCACCCAAUAACGGUACGCAUGGCAGUUUAAACCAUCUGCUGAAGAACCCCCGGCACCAGCCGGUGUACCCCGCAGAGCGUUCGGCUCCAGCGACGUGCACCCCUCCAGGGUCCGUCCUCGACCCCCGCGGCUGCACAUGUGACUCUCUCACCGAUGCCGAGGUGAGCCGUCUUGACCAGCGUCUCAUGGACACACAUUCCAGUUCUAAUGUGAAAGGUGUUCAUUUGCCGUUUGGUGUCCCGCGGGUUCUUCAGGAGCGUUCAGAUUACUGUAUCCUCCAGCACACCUCAUACAUCACAGCAUACAGCAGAAACUCUCUCAUGCCUCUCUGGGUCUCAUACUCGCUGAAUGCAACGGUCCGCGUGCAGUCGUCGGUGAACACAUGUGUGCGUGCUGAUGUACGUGUGCAGGCCAGCGCCAGACCGUCCUGUUCCUUCUAUAAGAACAAUUCAACGCUGACCUUUGGCCUUCUGCAUCCACCAAACUUGAGCCCCACGGGAACUGAGUCAGACUCUUUAAUUACGAGCAAUCUGGUGCCCAUGUUCCCUGCUUUCAGAGAUAUUUGGGAUCACUUUCACAAUCUUCUGCUGGUGAAUUUUUCACGAGAGCUGAACGGCGUCAAUGUCAUGAGUGGACCCAUAUUCGAUGUUGACUUCGAUGGGAUCUAUGACGUCAUGAACAAGGGAACAGCAAAUGGGCCUCCCGAGGUCCCUACACAUUUCUUUGUGAUUCUUACUAGUUGUAAGAACUCCAGUCUGCCUGUCGUCACAUGUGACGGUCCGCUGGAUGCUUCUGCUUUCAUUCUGCCACAUCGACCCGAUCACUUAGAAACAUGUCACAACGGCACUGACUUUUCAUGGGUCCAAGAUUGGGUUGGGUUUCACGCGGCGAGAAUCAGAGACGUGGAGCUUUUGACGGGCUUGAGCUUUUAUCACGACCGGAUUUCUGUUGUCGAAACUUUAGAGCUAAAGACACUGCUCAAAACCUUUUAGAGCCGUGUGAACCUUGAGCUCAUUUGAAUGUUUCUGCCGGCCAUGAACAGAACGGAUCAUUACAGCGAACUUCACCAGAAUCUCUUUCAUCUCCCAAAAUGGAAAAAUGUGGAAAACAUGUUACGCUCCUUCUUUAAGAUUUGGAUUGUCUCACGAGAUCUAUUUAUAAGUGGGGAAGUACCGGUUGGUAUAGAAAUAAUAAACAACACACACAUGUUAGUGAUUUGCGGUUGAUUGUGCUUUCAGCCAAUUCCAAAACUCCAGGCCAAGAAAUAAAUUGCAUCAGAUUUUUCCUGAAAACAACAGGAAAGCCACAUCCACCGCAGGAAUCACACUUCGGCUGUCAAUGCACAAUGCUUUUUGUUUGUUUUUGGUCCUACGAAGAAUCGAACCGAUACUCUCGACAGCAUGUGAAACGUCCGGACCAUUUCCUAAAUGAUUUAAGGAUGGUGGUAUUUUUGUUGCAUUACAGAAAUAAAAAGUCUGUCAUCAUUUGUUCACCGUUAUGUUAUUCAAAACCUGUAUCUGACUCUUCAGUGAAACACAGAAGAAGAUAUUUUGACAAAUGUCGCAGUGGUUUUGUGUUCAUACAAUGGAAGUCAAUGGGGUUCGAUGUUGUUUGGUUAUCAACGUUCUUCAAAAUAUCUUCUUUUGUGUUCUGAAGAAGUUUGAAAUGACACGAGGAUAAGUAAAUGGCAGAAUGUCACUUUCUCAGGUCAGUUUUGAUAUGAAGUUUUAUUCUUUAUUACAGUUUAAAGUUUGUCGUUUGUAUGAAGGGGUUUUCAUUGUUUGUCUUUUGGUUUAUAUUUUGGAGCAGUACUCUUGUGGACCAUAUAAUGAUCAAAAAUGAUGACAUAUUUCACAGUUGUGUUGUUUGUGUUGCUUGUUACCUUGAAGUAUCACUGUUAGCAGGAUAACUAUGAAUGGUUUGUUGUCCAUUUAUUUGUGUGUGUCAAAAAAUUAAAUAAACAAUGUUUCUUA